AUGGAAACUACAAUAACCCCUCUACCAAUGGAAACUACAAUAACCCCUCCGUCAAUCCAAAUUGCAAAAGAUGUUGUGGUAGAAGAUGAGGAUGAAGAUGACAUGGUAGGAGAUGAGGCUGAUGAUGUUGUGGUAGGAGAUGGGACUGGAGAUGUUGUAUUAGGAGAUGAGGCUGAAGAUGUUGUGGUAGGAGAUGAGGCUGAAGAUGUUGUGGUAGGAGAUGGGACUGGAGAUGUUGUGGUAGGAGAUGAGGCUGAAGAUGUUGUGGUAGGAGAUGGGACUGGAGAUGUUGUUAAAGUGGCUAAAUCUGAGUAUUGGGAUGUAAAUGUCAUUAGUAAGUAA